AUGUCACAGAUGCCAAAUAUUUACCAAUGUCAUACAUAUUCCUCCCAUGGAGUUGCAUUCGUUAAAUGCUCCUUGGGCAUUCUCAACUUGGGGAUAGACGUAAUUGGGAAAAUAACUCCGAAGGCUUCUAAUGGCCAUGAAUUCAUUUUGGCCACCAUAGACUAUUUCACCAAAUGGGUGGAGGCUCAGUCUUAUGCAGUCUUGACUGCCGCCAAGGUGGAAAAAUUCAUCAAAGAGAACAUCAUUUGCAGUCAACUUACUGAAGGAGAAUGGAUGAGAGCCAGGUAUGAAGAAAUUAACCUCUUGGAUGAGAGGAGGAUGAAAGCCAUGGAUAAUCUCAAGAAAUAUCAGCAAAGGAUGGCCAGAGCAUUUAGUAAAGAGGUGCGACCUCGGAGCAUUGAGGUAGGAGAUUUAGUGCUAAGGGAGCAAAGGGCUCCGAUUCAUGACCCUCAAGGAAAGUUCCGACCCAAUUGGAGCGGCCCAUACAAGGUGAAGGCGAUCUUACUAGGUAGCACAGUUCGUCUCAUGGAUAUAAACAGAGAAAACCUCUGGGGAUUGGUCAAUAUGGAUCAAUUGAAGAAAUACUUCGUCUGA